AUGGAAGCCGCGAGUGUGGAAGCCGGUGGGAAAAAUCAUUUAGACAAUGUGUUAUCAGAAUCAGAAAUCGCUAACCUGCCAAAUACCGUUUCGGAAAAAAUCAAUGCAUAUAUUGACCAAAAAUUUGAAGAAUACUUGACAUCCAAAGCCUUGCACGAAACCAGUAAAUCUCAAAUCGGUGACAAAAUAGCAGCAUCAGAUGCCACCAUUCUAGAAUUAACAGCUAAAUAUGAAGAAGCUGCUAAAAAACUAUUAGUUGCUGAUGAAACUAUCGAACAACUAGAAAAACAAGUUAGUUCUCUUAAUACUGAAUUGGAAAAAGCUCGUGAAAAGAUACAUCGUCUAGAAAAUGAAGUUAUAUCCCUUAAAAGUUCUAGAGAUGCUGCAAUUGAUGAAAGAAAUGACUUGACUAGAAUUCUCCAGAGGCGAGAUGCCGAAAUAGAAAGACUCACUACAAAUGAAACAUCGUUGGCUCAGCAACUCCGCGCCGCUAUUGAUUCAAAAUGUGAAGCACUUGCAUUGAAUGACGAAAUACAGAGUAAGGAGCUAUCUCUUCAGUAUCGUGAAAAACGGCUAGAUCAAGAAAGAGUUUUAUUAAAUUCUCAAAUAACUUCACUUACUGAAGAAGUUAACAGACUCACAUCCGAACUGCAGACUGUACGAUUAAACAAUACCAGUAGAUUGGUAAGCUUAGAAACACAACUUGCUGAAAAGGUUGAAGAACUAAAUGCAGCCAAUGAAACUAUAGAACAAUUAAAUGAAGUUAAAAAGAAUUUAAACAAUCGUGCUGAAAAUCUUACACAACGAUUAAAAGAACAACGUGAUAUUGAAAAUAAAAUGUCCGAAAAUUAUAAAAAAGAGCUAGAUGCAAAAACAAAGUUAGCUGACUUGUUUAAGACUAUGCAUGAUGACGCAGAAGCAAAAACAACUGAGUUGACUGAAGGUAUUGGUGAGUUACAAAAGUUAUUAAAUGAAGCUACAGAAAAGUAUGGUGAAUUGGAGACUAAAUAUAAACAAGCUGAAUUAGAUCAUGAAGAGCUAAUGGAGAAAAAGAAUGAAAUUAUUUCAUCAUUAAAGAAUGAAUUAGAACAUGCCAAUGAUUUACUUAAAGCGGCAACUGCACAAAAUCUAGACAUGGCUUUAAGUGAUUUAGCACCUUCUGCAGCAACUGCUAGUAAACUUCUGAAAUCGGGAAUGUCAUUAACACAAAUUUAUUCUCAAUUAGUGAAAGUUACUGAUGAAUUGAGCCAAGAAAAGGAAGAGAAUAGACGCCUUAAUGUGACAAUAAAUAAAAUUGUACAAGAAUUGGAAGAAAAAGUUCCAUUAUUACAAAAACAAAAAACAGAAUAUGUAGAAGCAUUGGAAAGCAACGCAGCGUUGACACAACAAAUAGAAUCACUAGUAAUCGAAUGUAAUAGACUAAGGGAUGAUUAUAGUGAAUCGUCGAAAAUUGCUAAUCACUACAAUCGUGAAAACAAUAGACUUAAAGGGGAACUGGCUGAUUUAGGAAGGCAAGUAUGCUUUUUGCUUAAAGAAAUAGAACACAGCCGAGGUGGACUCCUUAAUGGCGACCAUGACACAUCCCAUUCAGCAAAUACAACAAAUGCUUCCGAUGUGACUUCCUCACGAAUUAUAUCCAAAACAUUAGUAACAUUCAGCGAUAUACAAGAAUUACAAGCUAAUAACCAAAAGUUAUUAAGAAUGAUUCGCGAAUUAACUGAUAAACAAGAAGAGCUAGAACGCCACAAAGAGCAAUUUGAAAGUGGAGAAAUGGAAAACAAAAUUGAUGCAUUAAAACAAAGAGUUACAGAAUUGACAGAGGCUCAAGAAAGACAAACUAAAAUGGUUAACGGUCUCAUUAGACAACGGGACAUGUUUAAAAAGCUUUAUCAUGAUCAUAUGAAAGGUAAACGGUACGAAAUGGCUUCAGUACUCGACACUUCUGAUUUAGAAAAAGGAGAAUCCUUUAUAAUGGAUAUAUCACAAGAAAAACCUUCUAAACCUGGAACUCCCGAUAUUUCGUCUUAUGAAGCAAAAUGUAGAGAAGCUGAAAAGCAAUUAGAACUUUUAAAAGAAGAAUACAAGACUUAUAAAGAAGAAAAGGUAACGAAUGAGAGAAUGUUGUUUGAACAAAUUGAUAAUAUGAGACAAGAAAUAGCAAAAUUGUCCGCUGCAAAUAGUAAAUGUUCCUCAACAUCUGAAUAUAACAAUGAGAGACUAAAAAUACUACAAACAAAUAUCACUACUUACAAAAAGCAAAUUUCUUCAUUAGAGGACAAGAACAAAGCAUAUAAUGCUACAAUUGCAAAACAUGAAGUUUCUUUACAGCACUUGAGAGAUGAAGUGUUGAACUCACAAGGUAAACUUGCAGCUUCAGAAAUACAACUUGAAAACUUAAAACUUGAAAAUAAGUUACUGAAGGACGCAGAACUGCGCUUACAAACUGAAAAGGAGAUCCUUAACAGAGAAAGACAGGGCCAGUCUAUACUUUUGAAAAACUUAGAAUUAAUAAAGGCAAGCUUAGAACGUGUAGAAAUGGAAAAUCGCGCUAAAAUAGAAACAAGGUUAGAUGAAGCAACUCGAGAAUGUUCAGCUUUGAGGAGGCGAUUACAAGAAGAACAAGAUAGGUUCAGAGAAUUAGCAUCUCACCUUGAACGUCAAACUGAAACUGCUAAAUCUCGCAUGCAAGAAGAAAAAGAUGCAGCUGAUAGAAUGAGGACGGAAAUUCAGCAGUUGCGAGAUGAUUUAAUAGAAAAAAGUAAAGGUAAUGAAGAACUAGCUAAGAAACUUAAAGUUGCCUUAGCGCCAAAUUGCGAUGGAUCCUUAGAUACAAUUAAGAAAAUAAAAGAACUUGAAAAUAAGUUGACAGAUAAAGACGCUGAAAUUGGGUCGCUUAUUGAACAACUUAAUACUGCUAAAGAACAUAUCAGACAAUAUUGCGAUAUAUCUGAAAGUGCCGAAAAAGAACUAAAAAAUUUGCACAGUGAAUAUGAAAAAUAUAAAUCUGCUACAGAAGCUAAGCUCGCAGAAAAUGCUACGAAGCUACAGCAACUUGAAGAUAAGUGUUCAGAAUUAGAAGCCGAACUCUCACUUCAGGCCAAUGGAGAAUACUCAAAUGUAAAUACGUCAUUGAAAAACGAAUUAGUAACUGCUAAAGAAGAAUUAAAGACUGCUUUGGCUAACUUCAGUGAUUGCAAAAAUGAACUUGACGUAGCUCGAAGUGAAAUUACCAAACUAUCUGAAGCAGUUCAAAAAGCGGAAGAAAAAUAUACUCAUGAAAUGAUAUUACACUCUACUGAUAUUCAAACCCUAUCGCAAGUUAAAGAAGAUCUAUCUAAGGCGCAAAAUGAACUUAACGAACUUGUUGCCCUGAAAAAUGGUGCCUUGGAAAAACUGGAAACUGAAAAACUGUCAUGGAAUGAGAGAGAGAAGAUUCUUACUAAUGAAAACCAACAGCUGACUGAACGUCUGAAAAACUUAAAUGAUCAGAAUUCUUUACUACAUGAUCAAAUCCAGGCAUUGGGUACGCAACUAUCCGUUACUCAUGCUUCUAGGUCUCGAUCAGAAAGUAUGAAUGAAUCAGGCAAUGAUUCUGUUAUGAAUAUUUCUAUAAGUGAAGACGAUACUAAGUCUUCCGAACAAUUAUUCCAAAUCGUGAAAUUUUUAAGGAAAGAAAAGGAUAUAGCGAUGGCUAAAUUUGACAUUUUGCAAGCUGAGACUAUGAGAUUAAAAUCCCAACUAGAAAUAACCGAAAAACAAUUAGACGAAAGUAAGCUAGCAUUAGCAGCAGAAAGAGAAAAAUCUGAGGUAAGCAUGGUUACUGUAAAUAAACAAUCUGAUAUAUUAAGGAAAGUUGAAACUUUGAAUGCAUUGACUGACAGUAAUAGAAUUUUGAGAGAAGAACGUAAUACUUUAUCUAUUAGAGUUGAAGAAUUAUCAGCAACAGUGAAGUCUUUAGAGGACCAGCUUUCUCCAAUACAAGAUAAAUUAGCUGAUUUUACCUCUAAAAAUGAGACACUUCAAUCUGAGAAUACUUCAUUAAAGACUGAUUGUGCAAGGUGGAGAACUAGAGUCAAUGCUCUAGUUGAACGUGCUAAUAAAACAAGUCCUGAAGAUUGGAAACGUCUGCAAAAUGAACGAGACACUCUUGUAAAAAUGUUGACAAAUGAAAAAGAAAAUCUUAAAAAAGUUAGCGAAGAAUUGGGAGCUGUGAAAGUAGAAAAAUCUAAAUUAGAAGAACAGUAUACCAUACUUUCCCGUCAGCAAAAUUGUCUAAUGGAAGAAAAUAAAAAACUCAACGAAGAAAUGCAAGUACUUAAAGAUGAUAUGGCUCGUCUAACAGAAGAGUUAACUAAAAUAAAGGCCGAACAUAAAACUUUUGCAGAUACGAAUGCUAAAUUAACAGAAGAGCUUUCUAAUAAAGAAGUCUCUCUUAAUGACAUCAGAAAUAAAGAGAUGCAAAUUCGAAAAAUUGCUAAGAAAUAUAAGGCACAAUUUGAGGAAUUGGUAAAAACAGUGCAAGAAGAGAAGAAAAAGAAUGAUGGCGAAGCAGCUGCUGCGGGUGCAGCUCUGGAGGAAAGGAAUAAAACAAUAGAAGAACAGUUAACUGAAAUUCAAAGUCAAUUAGAAGCAGAAAAAAACAAUAAUGAAAAACUAAAACAAGAAUUGGAAACUCUUAAAUCUGCAAAUACGGAUAGAGAAGAAAAAGCAAAACAAGUACUCAAACAGGCUAAGAGCAAAAUUGUUCAAUUGACUGAAUUGAAAAAUACUCUUAGUCGUGAGUUAGAUGAAUCACGUAAUAAAAUAGACACUGUAGAACAAAGUACGCGCGAUGAACAGGAUGCUAGGUUGGAAUUAAUAAAAUCUCAAUAUGAAGGACGCUUGUCGCGAAUGGAAAAAGAGCGCGCGGAAGCUCAAGCUGAGAGAAACAGAGAAGUGGAGGCUCUCAUGCAGAAAGUUAACAUGUUGCAAAGGCAGCUGGCCAGUCAAGCAUCAGCGUCUAAACAACAAACAAGUACUGAGAAAACAACGGCAGAUCCGCCCACUGCUAAUAUCAAACCAAUGGCGGGAGUCGCGCAACAAAGUGUAUCAGCAAGCCGUCGUGGAGGGGAAACCCCACUAGCAUCAAUUCGACCCAUGGCCCAAGUGGGCCCGACCGCGCCACACGACGCACACAGUACAGAAUACCUGCCUACGUCGUCUUCACGUCCCUUAGCGCGAGCCGCUAUCGCCUCGGCAGCUUCAGCAACUUCGGCAGCUCCCCCAGAGUCCACUCAGGACAUGGAUACCAGUGAAGCAGGGAUGGGUAGUUCAGGAUCUAGCGAUAGCACUGCGCAAUCUUUAUCACAUUCCCAGGCACCACAGCAGGCGGUGGCGCUGGUGAUGCCGCGCAUCGAGCAACCGAGCGGCGCCGUCUCCGGCGCGCUGGCGGCGCCGGCUAGCUCCGCCGCGCCCGCCGCCAGCGCCGCGCCGCAGCCCGCGCCCGCUACGCCGCUACCCGGAGCGGUGAGUGCAGGUUCGACGUCAGCGUCGACCGCGAGCGCACAGUCCGGCGUGAGCACAUCUCACGCUCCGCUGGUGAGCACGUCGCACGCGGCGCCCGGCGUCAGCACGUCGCACGCGGCGCCCGGCGUCACCACGUCGCACGCCGCGCCCGGCGUUACCACGUCGCACGCCGCGCCCGGCGUCAGCACGUCGCACGCGGCGCCCGGCGCGCGCGCGCCCAAGCGCCGCCUGCAACAGCGCCCCGUGGCCUCCAAACGUACUAGAGUACAGGGUUUCGAACGUUCGGUCGAAGUGGAAUACCAAGUACCGACUUCAUCGCGUUGUGACCAAGACGAUGAAGGUGUCAUCGUUGUAGACUCUGAAGAAGAUGAUGAAAGAUGCACUGGCACUAUGUACCGGGAAGGGGAAGAAGAUGAAGAAGAUAUGGAGGAGGAACAAGAAGUGGAAGGUGGUGAAGAAGAAGAGGAAGUGGAAGGUGAUGAUUCAGAAAAUGCUGCUCGCCAGGAGUCCCCGGCGCAGGGCGAGGGCGCGGCGGCGCGCGGCGAGCCCGCCAGCGAGCCGCCGCCGCACCAGCAGAUCGAGGCCAUCAGCAGCGGCACGGAGCCUAGCGGAGCUUUAUCAAUAGGAGGCAACGGAGCAGACGAUGGCGAUGACAGUAUUGUUCCUUCCACACCUACUCUUUACGUUCCCAGGCGAAAUGACGGGUUCGGUGAGGCGGUGGUGUCGCCGGUGGGCGGCGCGGCGGAGGCGGCGGGCGCGCGCUUCACGUUCGCGGAGGCGGGCGGCGCCGCCUCGCACCACGACACGCACGCCGACCUCGCCGCCGCGCUGCCGCCGCCGCACGCGCCGCACCACCCCCGAGCUGAAGGUGAGACGCGCGAGUGGGAGGAGUCCCGCGGGGAAGAGGAAGCGGCCGCCGUCAGCUCGCAAGGAAGUGAGCCGUCAUCGCCGCAACAGGUAGCGGAGGAAGGGCGUGAGGCGGAGGCGAGCGCCGCGCCGCGCCGCGCCGCGCCCGCGCCGCACGCCGCCGUGCCGCACCAGCGCUGGAUGCGCGCCGCCGAUAGUGAAAGUGGUGCACGCGGUCGCGGCAUGCGCGGCAGAGGGCGGCCGCCGAGAAGGUCUCACAAUUAUACCAGGUUC